AUGUCGUAUGGAAGGGGUGCAAUAGAGGACGGCGAAAUAGAAGAGGGCGAGUUGUUGGAAGAGGGGUCUAGAGAUGGCUAUGGAGGAGGUGUUAGGAGGCAGGGCGAGUCUUCUCACCAUUACCAGAACGGCAGUGAUCGAACUCGGGAAGCAUAUAGGAGACGUUCUAAGGGCGGUAACGGUGAUGCGGGUAUGGUGCAUUACUCGAGUCGUUCUUUCUCGCCGGAGAGGUCGUCGUCACACUAUCACCAUUCGAGGAGGUCAUAUGCGAAUCACAAGGAAUUGGAAGGUGGGGGAGACACGAGAGCGUCUUCCUAUGGGGGCCAUGUGUCGCAUAGGAGAGAAAGAGAUAGUAAUACUGCGGUGAUGGAGAAGAGAUCUAGGGCGUACGGCACUGGACUGCGCGACUUGAGCGUGAGUGAGAUGAACGCGUUGCGUCUUUCUCUUGGGUUGUCGCCAUUGGACGUCACGGAGGGGACGGUACAGAGCUCUGCUGCGAAUAAACAGAGCGAGGAGAAAGGAGAAGAGAGGCAGUUGACUACGAUAGAGAGGUUGGCGCUGGCGAAGGAGCGAAGAAUGGAUCGCUUGAGGAAGCAGCAGCAACGGAUGCAGGCAGGUGGUAUGGAGAGCGAUCGUGUAGCGCGUGUGUUGGGUGACAGUGAUGAGGAGCAGCCUGACACGGUGGACUGGGUGAUACGGCAUAGACAGAUAAUGAUGGAGAAGAAGUUGGCUGAGGAAAGAGAAAAGGAGUUUGAGACGAUAGAGCGGCAGGAGUUGGGAGAGCCGGGUGAGGAUGUACGGCCUGCAGCGAAGGGGGAGGGUGGGAGUCACAGGGCGAUAAGGGUGGCUCACGAUUUAGAGAGUUUGCCGAGUGAGGAGACGAUAUUGGUGAUAAAGGAUCAGCCGAUAUUGAACAAGAAGGGUCAGCCGAAUGAAGAGGAGGACGAGUUACAAAAUUUGGGCAUUGCGAUGGCCGAGAAGCGCAGAGAGCUGCAAGAAAAGAAAAGGAAGGCGGCGAAGUUGGAUCCGUUUGACACGUAUGAAGACGGGGAUCACAAGAAGGAAUUGGAGCCGGUGAGGGACGAAAAAGGUAAGCAUUUGAUGUCUAGAGUAGAGAAGGAUGCCCAGAUCGAAGAGAAGAUGUUGGAGGAGAUAAGAGAGAGACAGAGUAAGUAUCAGAAAUACCAGAAUGCAGUGCGUAGGGCGAAGGAAGGGUUGAGGGAGGAGGUUUAUCAAGGCGACCAGAUAGUGAUUGGGGACGAGAUGGAUGUUGAUGAGGGAACAGGGAUGCCUUCUAUUGAGAGGACAAGAGUCGAGGAGAUAGCAGAUAGAGUAACAAAGAACAGAGACGAGAACGUUAUCAGGGAGGAGCCGUUUACAGACGAGAUUGUGUAUAGCAAUGAGAUGGAUUUUACGGUUAUGCUUCCGGACGAGAUGAGAGAAGAAGAGAGCGGGAUGUCCGUUUAUUACUCUUCGAUGUCGUCGGUGGGCGAGAUAGAGCUUGAUGAGCAGGAGUCGGGGGCAGCGCCGCAGAUUGUGGUGGGGAGGAAGAGAGAGCUGGGCGGCGCGGAAGAGGAUAGACAUAAGGCUGAAGGUGACGCUCAAAAGGCGAGGAAGAAGAGAGGCAUUGCGCAGGACGAGGAGGAAGUGGGGAUCGAUAAUGUUGGGGCCAUGAAGAGGGCGUUAAACUCAGCGGCAGAAGAAGAGGAAGCUGGGAUAGCGGAGAUUCUCGGGGAGAAGCCAGCUACUACAAAAGGCGUUGCAAGCAUUUUGGACUUACUGAGGCAGAGAAAGCAUGUUGAAGUAGAAUUUUAUGCCGGCAGGGCCAACGACAAAAGAAUAGAUGACAAGGAUGUGGAGACAGGGCCUGUAUCCGAGAAGGACGGGGUGUUCAACAUCAACAUCGAGCACUUAGACGAGUGGGGAAGGAAGAUGACUACGAAAGAAGCAUACCGCAAGUUUUGUUCUCAGUGGUCUGGAAAGGUUUCUGGUAUGAACAAGCAAGACAAAAAGAUACGCAAAAUGAAGGAGCAAAUAAGAAUGGAAAAGAUGAUGUCAAAUUCUGGAAUUAUCAGCAAGUUGAAUCCGAUACAGAGGGCACAAAAGACGGCACAUGCUCCAUUCGUCGUUUUGGAUAGUCAACGAGCGCUAAACGCAUUGAAGGAAGUCAAAGACAUGACGCUGAGCGAAACACUCAAACCGACUUCUGCCAUCAAAAAUGUAAAAAAGUUGGCUUCGUGA